AGCCAUUCUGGCUCGAGCUUGUGUUGGGCCUGCUCUGCCUUCGCACAUCUCCUGCCCCACAUUUGGCCAGUGUCUGCAACAAGUUUUGGGACCAUGCCGGAGGUCAUGUCAAUCGUGAAAACUCCCAAGGAGGCGUUCCAGGGUAUGGUGGACAAGGGCCUGGGGAUGGGAGGCGAUUCGUCCAUCAAGAUCUUCCACCAGUCCUUCUACGCGGGUUGCUACAUUGGCUUCGGCGGCAUGCUGUCGAUGGUAGUGGCUGGCGGGCUAGCAAGCGCAGCCGAGGAUAACCCGACCAUUCAGACAUUUGUAUUCGCUGCGCUCUUCCCUGUGAACUUGCUGCUCAUCCUCCUCACAGGUGGGGUGCUGAUCACCGGUACAGCGGCGACCGUCCCUGCCGCAGUGUUCGAAGGCAAGCUGGACCCCAAGCAGAUCUUGAGGACGUUUGCGCUGGCUUGGUUGGGCAAUCUUAUUGGCGCCGUGCUCUUCGCUUGCUUUGUCACGGCCUGCAACUUGAACGUAGGGUUGACGGCCGAACUUGCACGCAAAGUGGCGGAGAAGAAGAUCAAAGAAAAUUUCGGGGUCACCUUCCUCAAGGGAAUCGGCUGCAACUGGCUGGUGUGCAUGGCUGUGUUUCUGCAGGGCCAGGCACAGGACAUGGUUGGCAAGAUGGUGGGCAUCUGGUUCCCCAUUUCUUGCUUCGUGGCGAUCGGUUUCGAGCAUAUUCCAGCGAACAUGUUCAUGAUUCCCAUGGGGAUGAUGGCAGGCGCCGACGUGUCCGUGAUAGACUGCCUCUGGAGGAACUUCAUCCCGGUGACCCUCGGGAACAUCUUCGCGGGCUCCUUCUUCGUGGGCGCUGGCUAUUCGUUUGCCUUCGGCAAGCUGGGCAGCUCGCCGAUGUUCAACAUGCCCACGAAGGAGCAGCAGGCCAGGGAGGUUCAGCUGGAGGCGCCAGCCCCGUGAGUGCCCAGAUCGUGCGUAGUAUUUUUGCUUUCACAGUUUAUAAUUUUACAGAGUGUUUUAAGCUAAGCGGCUGAAUCCCAAACAAUUUUUCAGUGGUAGCCUUGGCUGCCAGCAGUCCACUGACUGUUUUCGGAUUCGGCAUAGCAUGCCCGACGGCGAAUCCUUCGAUGUGAUCGCGGAAUUCAGAUUUGCCCCUUAUCCCUCCUAGGUUAACGAGGGUCUGACCGAAAGUGCUCUUUCGCUGAUUUGUAUCGAGAACCACGGGUUUGGCGAUGGCGGCCUCAUCACGUCGUCAUUCAUGUAUGGUUUUCUCUUGGUGUCGUUGCUGCUGAGUCCGAGUGUUAUCGGUGGGUGAGUCGAUCGAAGCUUCGACGCUGCAAUCACGCGACAAUUGCGACAGGCGUUGCCAGAGAGGGGUGCUUCGUGGAGGCAAAGGUUAUGGCGAGUUUUCAUGGUGCUGCGACCGAGCGCGUGG